GUUAGUGACAGAUAACGAAGACCAAAAAAUAAACAAAUCUUACUGUUACGGCGAGUUUUUCGAAAUUUGUCAGACAUUCCAAUUAUACUAAUUAUAUUUUUACUAUGUCUGUUUUGCUGGAGAUUGUGUUUCUUAAACUCUAAACUGCAGACUUUUGAUUCAACAUGUCUAUGCCCUCACAAGCUUCAAAUCCUAUCGGGCAACGACCGUUUGUUCAAAGACUACAUAGGCAGCAUGCAUCUGAAGUACGGAGAGCAAUGUCUUCAGCUAGUCAGAUGAGUGAUGGCUAUCAAACAAGUCGAACUGUAUCAUAUGCUGGUAGUAUACAGAGUGCUCAAUCCUUCACAUGGAAUGAAGCUUUAGAACCAUUGGAUUACGAGGAUGUCAUGAAUGAACAUGCUACUGCGAGUGACAGAGAUCCAUUGAAACUCCUCCUUAGUUUUCCACUAGAUGACUUACAGCUCCAUCUACUACCAAGACCAUGGCGUACUUUGCAACCAAUAACUCCUCCUGAACCAUUGGAAUCAUUGAACUCUCAUGUACGAGAUUGUGUUCGUUGUUAUACUUCACCAUGGCUUGUUGUUCAGCAUAGAUAUCAAGAUUUCAGCAGUGGAAGUCUUGCUCGUCAAUCUGCUAGUCGCCUUAAUGCAUUAGCGGCUACUCCUCGUCAAGAAUUCGAAAUUGAUGACGAAAAUGAUGUCAACUUCAACAAUGAAAAUGAAAGCACUGCUGUAAUCGACCCAGUUUCAACAAAAGCUAAUUCCAUUCGUAGCUCGAGCUCUGUGUCGGACACACCGCGCGGCAGUUGGGCAACUUUUGAUCUACGACAAACGGCUAGUGAUCCUCCUCUUCCAGGAUUACUAGACCGUCUGGCUCCUGACGUAAUAGAUAACGUUAACAAAAUUCGACGAAAUGAGUUGCAAUUGGAUACGCUAUUUGCAUUAUACCCACCUCAAGACGACGAAGAUAUUAUCGAAAGACGCUGUCAACCUGAUAUGCCGAUUGAACAUUUGGGCCAUCGAAUUUUAGUCAAAUGCACUCAACUUCAGCUUGAACUGGAGAUCGAACCAAUUUAUGCAUCGAUGGCUUUGUACGAUGCCAAAGAAAAGAAGAAAAUAUCGGAAAACUUCUAUUUUGAUUUGAACUCGGACUCAAUCAAGCACAUGUUGGCUACUCAUAUUCCUUUCCAAGAUGUUAGUACUUUGAGUCGUUCUUGUACAUUCAGUACAACAUAUCCUUCGACGGAUCUGUUUCUUGUGGUUAAACUGGAAAAAGUUCUUCAGGGUGAUAUAAACGAAUGCACUGAACCAUACAUCAAAGAUGAUAAGAACCGGGAAAAGGUCAAAGCGAAUGCCGUAGCUUGCUGCGAAAGGCUUGGAAGGUAUAGAAUGCCCUUUGCUUGGACUGGCAUUCAUUUGCACAGCAUACUCCAUGGAGCUAGUAACAUCGAUCGUGAAAAAGAUAAAACAAACGAACGAGAGAGUGCUCCGAAUGAAGCAGGCCUUCCCUUGGGAGCAAAUAGUUUAGAUCGCAAAAGUAGCACUAGUAGUUUUGAUCAAUUCCGGAGAAAAACUGGUGUUGACACAGGAUCGGGGUCCUGGUCGCGACGCGGAUCUCUGGAAAGGCGUGGUACUGGCGGAUCCCAUGACAAACGAAGCAGCUGGUCUUCUAUGGGAGAUGAAAUAGGAUCGAGUCUAGAUAACUUCCGACCCGUCACGCUAACCGUUUCCAGUUUUUUUAAACAGGAGGGAGAACGCCUCAGAGACGACGAUCUUUACAAAUACCUUCACGAAUUAAGAAGAUCUAACAAUGCACUUAAAAGAUUGAAAUGUAUACCCGGCACGUUGAAACUUGAAGUUUCCCCUUGUCCCGAAGAAAAUAAAUGCUCUUUGACUCCAGAGUUAGCUAAACUACACCCAUAUCCUGAUGACAAAAUAAGGCCUACCAAAGAGCUAAUUGAAUUCCCUCCCAGGGAGGUCUACACGCCUUUUUAUACUUACCGAAAUUUGCUGUAUGUUUAUCCAAAAAAUUUGAAUUUUGCAAAUAGAGGAUCAGCUCGAAAUAUCUCAGUAAGGAUACAGUUUAUGUGUGGGGAACAAGAAACUCAUGCGAUGCCUGUCAUUUUUGGUAAAUCGUCAUGCGCCGAGUUUUCUUCUGACUACUUUACUGCCGUCACUUAUCACAAUAAGUGCCCUGAUUUUUACGAUGAAGUUAAAAUCAAACUACCUGCAAACUUAAAAGACUGCCAUCAUUUAUUGUUCACCUUUUAUCAUGUUUCUUGUCAGCGAAAAGUGGAACAGACGGCUGUCGAAACUGUUGUUGGAUAUUCGUGGUUACCAAUGCUGAAAGAUGGUAGCCUACAAACGGGAGAAUUCUCUCUUCCGGUAAUGUUAGAUCCUCCACCACCAAACUACCUUUACAUCAAUCCAGAAGUGAUGUUACCUGGGACACGCUGGGUAGAUAACCACAAGGGAAUCUUCAAUAUUGUAAUCGAAGCCAUUACAUCGGUUCACACUCUGGAUCGCCAUUUGGAUCGCUUUUUGAAUAUUUGUUCUGCUUUGGAAGAAAAUCGCAUCGUUCCCCAUAUCGGGGAAGCUAAUAUGGAGUCUAGUUUGAAACAGAGUAUUGGCGAUCUGACCAACUCAAAAACCGAGCAAAUGGUCAAGUUUCUUCCGUUGAUUCUUGAAAAAUUGAUAGGACUUAUUGUCUCUCCUCCGUUAUUGAAUGGUCAGCUUCUCAAAUGCACAAGUGUAGCGUUUGAUUGUCUUGUUUCAAUCGUUGGAACAUUCACUGAAAUUCUUGACCAUUUAAAUGAUCUACACGGAAGAAAUAGUCUUUUAGCUACUUAUGUCCAUUUCCAAGCAUGUGUUCCUCAAGAAAGUCGCGCCUACGGACCAGCACAGCAUCGUCCGCUCUCCAUACCUCCUCAACGGAAACAACACAGAAGAACAAGUCAACCAGAGGUUCAUUUGAACGCGGAUAAUCUAGGGCUGGAUGCAGAAAUAAAUAGCUGUCUAAAAGGAGCUGAAAGGAAUAGUAACUCGAGAGGGGGAGUAGAAUCCCCAACAACGUCCAGGCCCAGUCUGCGUAAACUCCUACACGAAGAAAUUGCUCUAUUGUGGGCCAUGUCUACAAACACUUCUCGAGAUGCUGUAUUUUCCAAUGCAUGGUUCUUUUUUGAGUUGAUGGUAAAAAGUAUGGUGGAGUACUUGGGUUCAAGUCAAAAACUAGAUUCUCCCCGGAAGCAAAGAUUUCCGGAACGUUUCUUGGAAGACAUAGGGCGAUUGGUUUCGCUUGUCACAGUCGAAAUUUUGUCAAGACAGCGACGUGAUGGUGGAGAAUCUAAAAGCGCUUUAUCUUUGAACAUCCAUCUGUCCUUCUUUCUUCAUGACCUGCUUUCCGUCAUGGACCGUGGUUUUGUUUUUUCUCUGAUUCGUUGCUACAUUCGCACGCUAGCAGAAGACAAGGCACUUUACCCGAAUGAAAUUCCUCACAUCACCAGUUUAAAGUUGGACUUUUUGCGCGUGAUAUGUUCACAUGAACACUUCGUGGCUCUUAAUCUGCCUUACUCAACGCCUUUAUGCAGCUCAACUGCUUCAUCGCCGUCGCCUUCACCGUCUGUAUCCUCAUCAAACAGUCAAUCUUCUUUUGUUUCUACGUUGGUCGGCGUUUCUAGCUCGGCGCGCUUUGCCGAGCUAACUGGCGAAUUUCGUCAACAGCAUUUUCUAAUUGGCUUGGUUCUAUCUGAACUGGCAGCCGUCUUUGACUUACAGAGUCCUGCGCUUCAUGCACGUGCGGCGAAUUUAGUAAGGAAUUUACUGACCAGUCACGACUGGGAUCCAAGAUAUUCGGAUGCCAGCUGUAAAGCACGAGUUGCCACUUUGUACUUACCUCUGAUUGGUGUACUUCUUGAAGCGCUGCCCCAUCUGUUUGACUGGAAUUCAGAGACCAAAGGAAGGCCUCUGGUCGAAGGAAGUAAUGAAGAACAAGAUUCUUCAACAGUCAAUCCUGCCGUUGCGCAAGCCAUUGCAGGAAUUCCGGUAGAUCAGAUUAAAGGGAAAGUAAACGCAGAAACAACCCGUCAUCUAUUAAUCUGCUCAUUGUGGGUUAUGCGUCACGUUGAGGAAGCACCGUUGAAGAACUGGUGGUCUGAAUUAAAUCCCGCAAAGCUCCACCGCCUUCUAGAGCUCUUGUUUAUAUGCGUAUCUGGAUUUGAGUACCGUGGUAAGCGCGGAAUACGUCGUUGCAUUCAACAGCGAGGUGGGCGAACUACAGAGAAUGUUAAGUCCCGCUUGGAGGAAAUGAUUCUUGGUCAAGGAUCUGCACGCUCUGAUCUCAUCCUACGCCGUCGCGUUGGAGGAGCAGCGGUAAAUGGUAGCGGCAGCGUAGUGGGAAAUUCGCAAUUCUACACAGGAAUUGCCCAUACACAACCCACUCCAGAACGAAAUCCGUCGCCUAAUUCUUCCUUGGGUGUACCGCCUGACCGACAAACUCUACGGUGGCGCAAAGACACAGCAGUUUAUCGGUCGACCAAUGAAGCAGGAGAAAAACCUCGGGUAGACGUUGAGUUGGACGCCUACAUUGAGGGCAAUCUUUCAACGCAAACUAGCCUUACAAUUCUGGAUAUGCUGGAGCUAAUAGUGCAGGUUGUUUCCCAACACGAUAACUUGCAAAUGCUGCUACCAGUAGCCCUCCGUGUUUUGCUCCAUUUACUCGGUUGCUGCCAGAGUACUGCGCUACUACAAAAUGCAUUUGCGACUCAGCGAGCGCUCGUGUACAAGCUGCUAUUACUUCAUGAAACUGCUGCAAGGACUCAAUUCCCAGGUCUGCUGUUUGACGAAGAAACUGAAUUGUGUGCUGACUUGUGUCUGCGCCUUUUGCGACAUUGCAGCAACAGCAUCAGCAGCAUUCGUUCUCAAGCGUCUGCGUCGUUGUAUCUCCUGAUGAGACAGAACUUUGAGAUAGGAAACAACUUUGCCCGAGUAAAAAUGCAGGUUACAAUGUCGCUGAGUUCAUUAGUUGGAACUAGUGCGCAAUUCAACGAAGAAGCUCUUAGACGUUCUUUGAAAACCAUUUUGGUAUACGCUGAGGAAGACACUGAAUUGCAGGAUACUACUUUCCCCGAACAGGUUCAAGAUUUGGUCUUCAAUUUGCACAUGAUUUUGUCAGAUACGGUGAAAAUGAAAGAGUUUCAAGAAGAUCCAGAAAUGCUUCUCGACCUCAUGUAUCGUAUUGCAAAAGGCUAUCAAAACUCUCCGGAUCUUAGACUAACCUGGUUAGCCAACAUGGCUCAGAAGCAUUCAGAGCGAGGAAAUCACGCCGAAGCGGCCAUGUGUCUCGUCCAUAGCGCGGCUCUGGUGUCCGAGUAUCUUUGUAUGCUUGAAGAUCAAAAGUACUUGCCUGUUGGAGCUAUGCCGUUCGAGCGUCUUUCGGCUAACGCUGUCGAGGAAAGUGCCGUAUCGGAUGACGUUCUCUGUCCCGACGAAGAAGGAUUCUGCACUGGAAAAUACUUCACCGAAAAUGGGCUCAUCGGUCUUCUAGAACAGUCGGCCAGUUCAUUCCAACUUGGUGGUAUGUUUGAAGCAAUGAAUGAAGUAUAUAAAAUCCUAACGCCUAUCGCAGAAGCUCACCGUGAUUUCAAGAAGCUAGCAAAUAUUCAUGGAAAACUUAGUGACGCGUUUACCCGAAUUGAGCAACAACAUGGAAAACGAAUGUUUGGCACCUACUUUCGAGUUGGUUUUUACGGACCAAAGUUCGGAGAUUUAGAUGGAGAAGAGUUCAUCUAUAAGGAACCAACAUUAACCAAACUCCCUGAGAUUUCGCAUCGUCUUGAGAAUUUUUACUGUGAGCGAUUCGGUGCGGCCGCUGUGGUUAUGAUUAAAGAUUCGAAUCUAGUAGAUGUGACGAAACUGAAUAUUGAACGAGCUUACAUUCAGAUUACUUACGUUGAGCCUUACUUCGAUGUAUCUGAACUACGACACCGCUUGACGGUUUUUGAACGGAACUUCAAUAUUAAGCGGUUCAUGUAUGCUACUCCGUUUACACCUGAUGGGCGAGCUCACGGUGAACUGCAUGAGCAGUACAAGCGCAAAACUGUGCUUACUACUGCGAAUCAUUUUCCUUACGUGAAAACGCGCAUACAAGUCGCUGAACGUCGUCAGGUGGUACUGACGCCCAUUGAAGUUGCUAUUGAAGAUAUACAGAAGAAAACAACUGAACUCGCAUUGGCGACCAUUCAGGAACCACCCGACCCUAAAAUCUUACAAAUGGUUUUGCAGGGUUGUAUCGGAACCACAGUUAAUCAAGGACCUUUGGAAGUAGCCAGUGUUUUCCUCUCUGAUUUGGCGGAUCCCGAAAAGACAUCAGACAAAUUCCAACUCAAAUUGCGCCUUUGUUUCAAAGAUUUUUCCAAAAGAUGUAACGACGCUUUAAGACGAAACAAGAAUCUAAUUGGCCCGGACCAACUGGAUUAUCAAAAAGAAUUGGAAAGGAAUUAUCGGCGAUUUACAGAGCGUCUCGCUCCGCUCAUUAACAUAGAUCCUUCUUCUCCUAACGGACAUACUACUCGAAAUCGGCGUAAUCGCAGAUGAUCAGACACAUCGAUGAGCAAAGUUGCAUCUCGUAUUAUUAGUGACUGAUGGUAGUAAAUUUGCUUGGAGCACAGUAUUUUCAUACUUGUUUCUAAGAUUUGCUACGAUUAAGAACCAUUCCUUUGCUUCAUUUAUGUUCCGCUUAUUUUAUUAUUAUUUUUUUUACAUUAAUAAAAGUGAAUUUCUCUACAUGAA